CCCCACCGCCGCUAGCUAAGCUCCCUCUCUGUCUCUCUCUCUCUCUCUCUUCCCCCCCAAAGCAAAUAAUCCGAUACGCAAACAUUCGAUUACCACCAUCGAUCCUUAAAGUAUCGGUAUCGGGUCUCAAUUUCUCGGGUUUAGUUUCGGACACUAUAAAAGAGUAGCAUUCAUUAUAACUGUUCUGAAAACUUUACUCUCUCGUAAUCGGCCAUGGCUGACAGCGAGAGCCUCGAAGCUCCCCAAGUACAACAACAAAGCCAACAAAAACGACACGAUGAGGAACAAAACGACAAUUUAGACGACGACGAAGAAGAAGAAUUAGAAGACGACGAAGAAGAGGACGAAGACGACGAAGAAGAAGAAGACGGUCAACUAAGCGAGUUACAACAACUCGUCCAGUUAUCGAACUGUCAAGUGGAGGAGGAGUUCAGGGAGUCGCAAUUGGAAUCGUUGGUGGUGCCGCCGCCUUCCACGGCGAUAUUAUCGGAGAACGAUCAGUGUAUAGCAGGUUUACAGGGUAACUCAGCUUUGGAAGCGCGUGAAGAAGCUGAACUCAAGAAGCAAGAUGGGCCGUCGCAGCCGAAAGUUUCGAGAAGUGUAACAACUCAGGAUGGUGAAACGCAGGCCCAAAAUUGGCUUCAAUCUUCUCAAUGCCCAACUUCCUUGUCAGAACUUUCACCAACUUCUGUUACACAGCCGAUAUCAUCUGCUCCAAGUCCACCUCUACCAGAACCAAGACUGUCACCCUCGAACGUUAACAGUGCAUGUAUACCAGGAGCUGAUCAACGAACUUCUUCUAACCUUAAAAGUAUUCCUGUUCCUAUCAUGAAAACACGUAUUUCUGAUGGUUACAACUGGCGGAAAUAUGGUCAGAAGCAAGUGAAGAGUCCUAAAGGUUCUCGAAGCUAUUACAAGUGUACAUAUUCUGACUGUUGCGCUAAAAAGAUUGAGUGUGCUGAUCACUCAGGCCAUGUGAUUGAGAUUGUUAAUAAAGGAACUCACAGUCAUGAUCCACCUAGAAAGAAUAACUGCACAAGGGAAAACAAGAUAGCAUCUGGCCCAGUUGUGGGCAAUAGUGUAACAGAACAUCCCAUUAGCACACUUAAGGAUUCAGAUCAGGCAACAUUGCGAAAAGAAUCUAUACAGGCAAUACCCGUGAUUCCCGACAAAAAGCGACAGAGUUCAAGUGGCUCUGAUGGGAAUGAGAAAAUUCAAAUCAAAGAUGAGCUUGCCAGUGAGCCUGAAGCAAAACGAAGAGUAAAGAAGGAGAACUUAGAAUGUUCAGGAACUCUCUUAAAACCAGGAAAGAAACCUAAAUUUGUUGUGCAUGCAGCGGGUGAUGUGGGAAUCUCAGGUGAUGGGUACAGAUGGCGCAAGUAUGGACAAAAAAUGGUGAAGGGAAAUCCCCAUCCCAGGAACUACUAUAGAUGCACUUCUGCUGGGUGUCCAGUCCGUAAGCACAUUGAAACAGCAGUAGAUAACACAAAUGCAGUUAUUAUCACGUACAAGGGCAUACAUGACCAUGACAGGCCUGUACCGAAAAAGCGACAUGGUCCGCCAAGUGCUCCCCUUGUUGCUGCUGCAGCUCCUGCGUCAAUGAACAACUUGCAACUCAAGAAAACUGAUACAUUCACGAACCAAGGAACUCCAACGCAAUGGUCAGUGGGGAAGGAAGGCGAAUUAACUAGUGAAACCUUGGACCUUGGAGGCGAAAAGGAGAAGGCAAUGGAAUCAGCUCGAACUCUUCUAAGUAUCGGAUUUGAAAUCAAGCCUUGCUGAUUGGUUCUUCUCUUCACUAUAUGAAAAGAUCAUCUGCACACAGGCAGGCAGGCCUCACUUGAAAGGCCCACAGACCAAUCUGGCUCGCUUGAAAGUCAUGUAGCUGUUAGAUGCGAAUCAAUUACCAUUGAAAUUAUCAGGUUUGAUUUUUUUUUUUCCCCCAUUUUCAUGUAUCUUUCUUACUCUUUUUUUUUAUUAUUAGUUUUAUCUUCAAGUUUACUUCUUCCUUCAGCCUUUGGUCAGAUAGCUGUAUAUUUAGUAUGUAUGACAUCAGGAAUCAUUUAGAACUUGGUAAGCUAAUAGUAUUGGAACAUAGAAUUGGUUGCCAUGCCCA